UGUAAUCUGACCGUUUUACAGCUAAAGCGAUGCAAAAAGCUCCGUUAACUUCACAUUCUCCAAAGAUAUGUCUUGUUCAGACUAACUAUUUUUAAGUAAACUAAAAGAAGUUACAUUUUCUUGUAACUUAACAGAUUUAAAGUAAAAACUCGUACUCUUUAAUCAAGUCCCUUUAACGCCAACAAUGCACUUGUCAAGCGUUUGCCUUGCAAAGCCUGUGCUUUACAGCUACUUCAGAAGUUCAUGCUCUUGGAGGGUUCGCAUUGCAUUUGCUCUCAAAGGCAUUGAAUAUAACCUGGUUCCAGUGAAUUUGAUCAAAGAUGGAGGCCAGCAGCGCUCAGAGCAAUACAGCAAAUUAAACCCCAUGCAGCAAGUGCCUGCAGUGGAAAUUGAUGGCAUCACCCUCUGUCAGUCACUUGCGGUGAUUCAGUACAUUGAUGAGACUAGGCCGGGACCUUGUCUUCUUCCUGUGGAUCCAAAAGCACGUGCCAAAGUUCGGAUGAUCAGUGACCUCAUUGCCUCAGGCAUACAGCCUAUCCAGAAUUUGUCCGUGCUCCAGAAAGUAGGAGAAGAGAAGGUUCCAUGGGGUCAGCACUUCAUUAAUCGUGGUUUUCAGGCUCUCGAGCCAAUUCUGAAGGAAACUUCUGGGAAAUACUGUGUAGGGGAUGAGAUUUCCAUGGCAGACAUCUGUCUGGUUCCACAAGUCUAUAACGCAGAAAGGUUCAAAGUGGACAUUGGGCAGUAUCCAACCAUCAGAAAGAUAAAUGAGACCUUACUUGAGCUUGAAGCCUUCAAAGUGAGCCACCCGUCUCAUCAGCCAGAUACACCUGCUAAUCUUCAAGCAUAAACGGAACUGAGAAAUCCAGCAUUUAAUAAAAAGUAAACCUCAACAACAUGAUUUUGUCAUAUAUAUUAGUAGUUUGUCACAGUGUUUAAUCAUUCAUAAAUACAUGUAAAGAAAAUAAAAUACAUAUG